AGCAAACAGAUUUGCUGGCAGGCACACAGACAGACACACUCUAAAAAACAGAUACAUUUUGAAUCUCUACAAAGCAAUUUCACUUUUGCUCUGGCCAUGUAUCUGCUGUGGUAGAAAUGAUAAAAUUAGGUGAUACAGCUGUAGAUGAAAGCAGCUAGUAGACUUUUAGCUAACACUAAACUCAGCACUGUACCAAAUGACUGAGAAAACAGGGAUGUAUCAGUUCAUUGUAAGUGGAGCACACAGUGGUUGACACAUAGCAAAACCUAUAUAGCUGAUGUAACCAGUCCAGUCCAUUGGUUUAGUAGAUGCCCUUAGUUUCUUUGGGAAUUGCAAGUUUAGCCAUUUUAAACUGGUUACAGAGAUAUGGUUAUAUAUUUUGUUCUAACCUAUUUACUAACCUUUGUUGUAUUGAUAGCAAGGUGAGCCAAAUUUGGUGGUCCUUGUUUAUAAGCAACUUCAUUUCUUCCAAAGGCCUCUUACUGGAGCGACAAUUUGGACUAGUCUUGAGUCCUUGAUGUUAAUGACAUUUAAUGCUAUUAGUGAAACAAAAGUUUGUUCGUCUAUUUCUAGUGACAGAGAAGGACCAUAUAGCCAAACUUGUUGCAGUGAUGUUUUUAUUGUUGAUGCUUUGUUAAUUUAAAUUAAAUCUACUAUAUAUAUUUUAGAGAGUUUGUCUGAUCAAAAACUCCUCCAAAACAUUAAGAGCCAGGACCACCAAAUUCAGUAUACAGCUUCCUCUUAUCAUAAGAAAGCUGGAUUGAAAGCUGGUCUCUCUAACAGAAGUCGGUCCAAUAAAAGCUAUUACCUCAUUCAACUUCUCUCUCUACUGUCCUAGGACUGACAUGGCUAAAACUGCCUUGCAUCCAGAUAAAGAAUGUCAGCUAGCGCUACUUAAAGUUAGGAAAGGUUAAAUGAAUGGGUAGCCGUCUUUAAUACGGCAUGAGAGCUGGAAAGGAAGAGGAACUAUUACACUGGGCCAGGCUGCUCUGCAAGUGGUCUGUGGCUCACUGCUGGGCCAUAUCCUGCCGUUAGGGAGUCUGUUUUGGAGCUAGGGAAGAGAUUGUUUAAGGGCAGAAAUGCUGCUUCCUCUCUGACCUCUCUCCCUUCCCCUCUUCCCCCCCAAUCUCCCCUUCCUGAGGCUUAUAAAUUGACUGUAAAAUGUCCUUGGUUUGGCUGCAAUGUUUUAUGUCUCAAGUAGCUCCUCUGCCUCUUCCCCCUGGGUAAGUCACACAACCCUUUCCUGUUCUCUCCCUGCAGAUAUCUGCAGCAGCUGUCCCAGACUAGGAUUUAUUCUCUAGGCCCGGGCUUCUAGCUAGCAGCUGCUGGCUAGGGCAGGGGAGGAGCGAGUGAAGAGGAGGGAGGUGUGCGAUACAGCAGGCUGGAGUGUGACUAGCAAUUUGGAGCGGGGGUAGCGAGGGUCUUGCUGGCUCAGAGCACUGCAGCGAGAACUGCUUUGAAAGAACAUGCUCCUGCUGCAGCAUGAGGGCGAAUGCUGCAGGGUAUUUGAAAAAUGUGUCCUUUAAACUUGUGUUGAGCUUCGCUCCUCUCAGCCCAGCGCUGAGAUGUGAGCAGCCCUACAAUCUGCAGAUCUCAUUGCUGUGGAAUGUCAUCAACCUGCUGGAGAACAACAAGAUGUCAGGUACUAAACUGCAGUCAAACUCGCUAUGGUGAUCAGGGUAAUUUGCAGGAGGAAAUUGCAGCCUAAAUCCCUGAUCUGGACGAAAAGGGAUGCAGGAGCCUACACCAAGAAAGGUGAUGGCGAGAGGCCUGAAUGUGGUGCCCUCAAGGAGAUCAUCAUAAAGGGAUCAGAGUGGCGGUUACCUCAGGAGCUGUGACAUGCUUACCAGAGACCAGAAUGUAGCCCUCAGCUGAUCAUUGCUCAAAUCUGAAGGAGCCAGAAGCAGGGGUUCUGCGAGAUCUCGGAGUAUGCAUUUCUAUGGUCAAAUGGCAAGUAGAUUUUUAAGGUAAUCUAAGCAUUUGAGAAUAACUGCUCUAGUAUGUCAGUGUUCUUAAUCCUUCCCAUAUUCCACUCUGACAAAAAUUUUAGGACGUGGGGGUUUUGUUUUUUUUGAGGGGGAAUGUCAGAUUUUUAUGCAUAUUGGUUUGUGGGUAAAAGAUCAGAACUGGAAUCCUGAACCAAGAGAAUUUUACUCCCAGCUCUCGCACUGUUUUUCUGUAUGAUCUUGGGCAAAUUACAUGUCUUCUCUGUGCUUUAUCUUGUCUCCAUAAAUUCUAGGUACAAAUAUUUACUUCACAGGGAUGGUGUGAGGCAUAUAAAGAUCCUCAGAUGGGAAGCAACAGAGAAAUCCAAAGGCAAGUUGCUGAUUUUUUCUUUUUAGUGUAUGCAAAAGCACUAAUUUGUCUUUGUUUUUAUUUUCAAGGUGAUUUUACAAUGGAAGGAAGUGCAGACUCAUUGGUGAUGACUGUGCAUCUUCUUGCCACCUCUGGACAGUCGUUACUCUUGCAGCAAACUCUUGAUCGGCUUCUGAAGUGGAUCUGCCUGGAUGUUCGCCUCUUCCUUGUAUCUGAACGUGUUACUCCUGUGAAAUAUUAUGAGAAAUAUCACCAGAACAGUUCUGGGUUUCCUGGGAUGUCCAUUCUCCUUUUCCUGCAUGAGGCUUUUGGAGAAGAACGGAUUUUUCAGGUCCGUGACUUUUUCCAGCACCCACCUUGGCAGUGUUACCACAUGCAAUGUGCUAAUGGGAAACUGUACCCUUGUGCAUCUACUAGCCAGGAAUUCUAUAGUCUGGAUGAACAUAUGCCUGUAUGGGGUGUUCGGCAAGUUCAUUAUGGCACUGAAAUUCUGCGUGUGACCCUCUACUGUAGCUUUGAGAACUAUGAUGAUGCCAUCCGACUUUAUGAGAUGAUCCUACAGAAAGAAGCAACUCUGCAGAAGAAUAACUUCUGUGUCUUUGCACUGUAUGCAACACAAAGCAUUGCCGUUCAACUCUGCUUGAAGCAGCUGCCCCCAGGGCUUUCUGUUGAACUGAAAGAAUCUUCCGUGUUGCAAUUCAAAGUACAUGAAAUUGGGCAGCUAGUACCACUUCUGCCUAAUCCAUGCGUUCCCAUUAGUAGCACUCGGUGGCAAACUCAGGACUAUGAAGGAAACAAAAUUUUACUUCAGGUUCAAGGCAACUCAAAACAUAGUGAAAAAAAUGGUGUGCUUUCCCGUCGGCACAACAAUGCAAGUGAAGAACAGAGCCUGCAGAGUUCCACUCUAGCAUCUUUCCCCACAAAGUGGAUAAACCAUAAACAGAAGAGCCGGAAGAUGAGAAUGAACUGUAAAAUCAAAUCAGAACAUGGAAUUAUUUCUGGGAGCGCUAGUGGCACCCCACAGAGUAACUCCUGCUCUUCAUCCCAGGCCAGCAGGCCAGCAGCUACUUCACAGUCUGAUACCACCUCUUUCAGUACAAAUACAGGCAACAAACUGCACAUUGCUAGUCAAGGAAGACGAUUUCAAAGGCAAGAAGAAGAGACCAAUGUUGACACAGGAUUUGCGGUAGUUCAUUCUGAAUGCAGUCCAUCACCCCUUUCCCGGUUUGCAAGGGACUUGCAGGACAGCCUUCCUCAACCACCAGCACCAAAGUAUUUAUUAGAUGCUGCUGGCUCUAGAAUCAACUUGCUUUCUGAGAACAGAACCCAUCUGUUGUCAUUUGCGGUUCAAAGAAAUAAAGGAGCAGGACAGACCGCUUCAGACUUUCACUUGCGAAUAUCAAGAGCAAGCUAUGGAAAUGGAAAUGAAGAGGAGGAGGAGGAAUUCUUCAUUUGACUUGAAACACACAUGUGCCUAACUGAUUGACUUAAAAACGUAUAGCUAAAUGCUUUAUUCUGGAGAGAGAGAGAAAGCGUUUUGAAUGCUCUUUUACUCUGUGUUCAUACAGACCCCAAUGUGCCUAGGCUCCCUGUUCUGUUGUAAAAAGAGACUUCAGUGGGGUUUUGUUGCAGUCGAAUCACUUUAUGUACUAAAAUGCUAAUGGGACAGAGGGCAAAACCAUGAAAAUAAUCCUGGGCAGUUACACAGAGAGCUUGAUUCUUUCCUACACAGAACACCCAGUCGGGUAAUUGUGCAAUGAUGGGAGUAAGCCAUAGGGGUCCUCUUAUGGUUUGUAAGUGUGAAUCAGUAGCCCAUGAUACAGUGCACUAAAGGGCCGUGGCAGCAGGGCAUGCUUCCCAGCUAAAAAUAGCAAUGUGGAUAUGGGAGGCAUGGUGCAAUUGUGUCAAGUAUGUGCCAUAGAGUUCAGGUGUGUAGAGCACUCUACUUACUUAGAACAGUAUCCCACUGUCUACUCUAUUUAGAGCCGUGUUACCUCAGCAUGCAAUGCCUGUACGCUACAUGCUGCCGUAAGUAGGUGUACCUGAGGAGCUGGCAGGGUCACAGCAUGUGAGCAGGCUUGCAGUGUCAUUCUUUCUGUGUGCCCCCUCAUUUCUCCCUCUGCCAUCAUGCAAACUUGAAACCUCUGAAUGUGGUCAUUUAUAGGCAUUUAAACAGGGGAAGAAAGUGUUUAACAGGAAGAAGCACAAGGAAGAAGGUGCCAACAGAGGACUCCUGACUCCUAUGGAGAAGGUCAGGCAAUCAGUUAGUUAUCUAAGUUGUCUGUACACGAACACAAGAAGCCUGGGGAACAGCUAUGGGGACAGUUUCCUAGUGCAAGUGCUGAAGGAGCCACGUGCUGCUCACAAACAGAACAUAAGAACGGCCAUACUGAGUCAGACCAAAGGCC